GGCGCUCGGGGCGGUGUUCACUCCCCGGAAGCCAGCGCAGGGUGCCCGGCACGGAGGAGCAUGACGGCGCCGCUGGCGGGGCUGCGCUGGGGCCUGGGGCCUGGCUGGCUGCUCCGGCUGAAGCGCUGCAGGCGCUCAGCUCCUUGGGAUCUCGGGAUUAGGAGCAGUGCUUCAGGUAAAGAGCUUCUGGGAUUGUUCUCCCUGAACAAUGACAUCCUAUUGCAGUCCUGCCGGAACUAUCAAGCAGUGCUAUGCACCGAGCUGACAAAGCCAUUGAUUAUUAGGAACCUCCCAUCCCCUUCUCUGCAGCCCCAUGAGGUCAGGGUUGGCGUCCGUUACUGUGGAGUAAAUUUUGCUGAUAUCUUGGCCUGUAAGGGUUUGUACCAAACGAAGCAUUGUCUUCCAUUCACCCCUGGAAUGGAGUUUUCAGGGAUGGUGAUGGAGACUGGAGCGAACGUCAGCACAGUGCAGGAGGGAGACAGGGUAAUUGGUGUGACUGGCACUAGUGCAAUGGCUGAGGAGUGCAUAGCUGAUCAGAAGAUGCUGUGGCCAAUCCCAGAAGGUGUUUCUUAUGAAGAAGCUGCAGCAUUGCCUGUGUCUUAUGGCACAGCCAUUUUGGCCCUGGAUCAUAGAGCACGCACGCAGCCAGGGGAAACGGUUUUAGUGACAGCAGCUGCUGGGGCCACGGGGCUUGCUGCUAUCGAUGUAGCUGCUAAUGUUCUCAAGGCAAAGGUGAUAGCAGCAGCUGGAAGUGAUUACAAAUGCAACCUGGCUCUGCAGAAGGGUGCAGCCCACAGCGUGAAUUACACCCAAGGGAGCCUAAAGGAGGGGGUGAAGAAACUUACAGAUAACAGAGGGGUCAAUGUAGUUCUUGAUGCCGUUGGAGGGGACAUCUUCAAGGAGGCAUUACAUAGUUUGGCUUGGGAGGGCAGGAUUGUGGUGGUGGGUUUUGCUGGAGGAGCAAUCCCCUCUGUCCCAGCCAACCUGCUGCUUCUGAAGAACGUGUCUGCCUUGGGAGUGUUCUGGGGUCGAUACCGGGAAGAGGACUUUCCUGUUUUUUCGUCAUCCCUCUCCUCUGCUCUUUGGUACUGCCAGGAAAGACGGAUCCAACCUCAUGUAGGAGCGGUCUUCAAACUGGAAGAGGUGAAUGAAGCCUUUAGCCGUGUAACCCAGCGCAAGUCAACAGGAAAGGUUGUCAUCUCAAUGAAAUAAAUCAGCCUGUUUCCUCAGAACACAGCCCCUGCUGCUGUUGGACUAAUCAGCAGAAUCACCCUUCUGGCUUAUGGAUGCAGACAGCCAAGUUGCAUCUACCCUGUGAUUUCUUUCAUGAUUCGUCUACCACCACCAGUAAUGUAGAGGGAUAUGGGCUCCUGCUUAGGUUUAAAUGACAUGAUGAUAUAAAUACUUGCGCCCGUUGCUAGCAUUGGUGGAGUUGCACUGGUGCUAGACAAACAGUGCCAGGAGUCCUAGGGGAGACAAGGUUUCACUGUGACGGGAAGAGGGAGAAUAGAUGCAGAGCAGUGCAAUUAAUACAAACGUAAACCAGACUCUCUUUAAAGGAAUCACCAUUGGGAAAUCUUAAGUCUCCCACUGUGAGCAGUGUGUGCUCUGUAUAAUAUACCCAUAACAUCCUUGUGUCCCUAGAACAGGGCUUCUCAGACUCUUUUUCCAUAGUGUGGUUCACCUUUUAACAGAGGUUUUUAUGUUGGAAACGUCUCCCGCUUCUGCUGGCGGUUGUGCAGACCCCAUCUCUCACAUUUAUGGUUGCACAGACUGCUUCCUUUCUAUUGGUGAUGACCUAGUAUCUUAGGGUAUGUCUGCAUUACAGUCAGACACCUGCGGCUGGCCCGUGUCAGCUGACUCAGGCUCGCAGGGCUGUUCAAUUGUGGUGUAGACUUUCCAGCAUCAGCUGCAGGGUCCUCGAGCCUGGGCUCCAGCCUAAGCCUGAAUGUCUACACCGCAAUUAAGCAGCCCCUUAGCCCAAGUCAGCUGGCACAGACUAGCCAUGAGUUUUUAAUUGCAGUCAGAGCCUUUGUGUCAACCACAGUCAUGACUUUCCUCAUGUGACCUUUCCACAUAAGCAAAAUGGUUUUUAGCUUCUUGUAAUGCAGUUUAAGAGCUGGAAGUGAGGAGGGGAAUUAGUGCCGUGAGGCCAGUCAGUGCUCCACCCACCACAGUCUGAGAGGAGCUGCCCUUGGUGGUGAUAGAGCAGCACUGCUGUAUGUAGCCAUUACAAAACAGUCAGCUAGAACCAGGCAGCUUGGGCUGAGGGGUGGAGUUGAAAUGAGGAGACAUGAAAAACCAUGAGGUGAGGGCACAGUUUUUGCAACAGUGUAACCAGCCAUUGGUCCAUAUCACCUGUUGACCUGCCUUAAGCAGAACCAAACGACCCACCAGUAAUUGCUGUACCCAGCCACUUGCAUGUGGGACGAAAGACUUCAUCCCUGACUCCUGUGUCAGCUUAGCUUGGUCCCCAGAGGUGUAAUUAUACGGAUGGUGACCUUGGUGAGCGUGGCUGCGAACAGGAGAGACUUCAGUCUAAGACACUGUUAACAAGCACCAUUGGCUCUCUCGAGCCUGCCUGAAAAGAGCUGGACCCAUGACGUCCUGCAGAACGCUCUCUGGUAGAACUGUUUGAUGAGACAGUACCUGAAUUCCCCCACGCUGUUGCUUGCUGCUCUGACUUGCAGUCCAAAUCCGUACGCCUCUGAACUUCCGUCAGACUAGAGCGCUUUCUAAAUGUACAAUAAACCUUUUGGUUUUCUUAACAUGGCUUUGCUGCAGCUAUGGAGACCAGGCUCCCUUGCUCUUAUCUUUGCUGCUGUGGAGCGAUGAGCAGCUACCCUGGCUUCUGUCCAGUAAUUUGGAGGAGCCCGUAAAAGUCUUUCACCCCUUAAAAACAUGACUGAUUUCUCAGAUUGCCACCAGCUUUCUGCUGCAGGAGGCUGGGGUCUUGGUUGCUUGUUAGUGUCCUACAUAGUUGUGAAGAGUUCUGAAAAGGACAGCUUGUUGAAAUAAGCUUCAGACUAGGUGGUCCUAAUGGUCCCUUCUAACCUUAGAGUCUGUGAAUCUAAGCUGUGGGACUGGAGGCCACAAACAUAAAAAUGGCCAUACUGGGUCAGACCAAAGGUCCAUCUAGUCCAGUAUCCUGUCUUCUGACAGUGGCCAGUGCCAGGUGCUUCAGAGGGAAUGAACAGAACAAGUAAACAUCAAGUGAUCCAUCUCCUGUUGCCCAUUCCUAGCUUCUGGCAAACAGAGACUAUGGACACCAUCGCUGUUCAUCCUGGCUAAUAGCCAUUGAUGGACCUAUCCUCCAUGGAUUUAUCUAGUUCUUUUUUGAACCCUGUUAUAGUCUUGGCCUUCACAACAUCCUCUGGCAAGGAGUUCCACAGUUUGACUGUGUGUUGUAGGAAGAAAUACUUCCUUUUGUUUGUUUUAAACCUGCUGCCUUUGAUGUGCUUUGUGUGCAUUCUGCUUACAGCACUUACAAACAUUCAUUGUUACACCAUCAGUGCAUGGUAGCUAAAUAUGAUCCACUUUAGAGAUGCAGAAACCACAGCCUCAGUGCAGCCAAGCAAGGAAGCCCAUGCUUAAUUCCAUGUAUGCUCUUGAAGUUAAUAGGACCACUUCAGUUACGCAUCUGCUUAGGUGCUUUGCUGAAUCAGAGCCUGUGUCUGUUUCAGAGCUGACAUUAGAACAGAGGAGUUCUGUGGACUUGCUCCCAUGCUUAGUCUACUUAAUGGCGCUGCCUCUUGGGCUGUUGAGUUGCCCUCAUACACAUCACAAUGGCUGCUCCUCAGAGGAAGGAGCUAGCUCAGCAGCAGCCAGCUGCUGGGAAGGGAGUUGGUGGCGAUGGCAGCAGCCAGGGCAGCACUGCCUCCUCUCCCCAGGUCAUUAAUUGGUUCUGGGUCCUCCCAGAAACUGAGGGAGUAGGGCCUCAGGGUUUCAGCAACCCCAAAGGCCUUGCGCGGGGGGCUGUGUGUGUCGGGGGCGUGGGGGUUGGAGUGAACCUCCAUGAUAUUAGGAUAAAUCAGUGCCCGACUUGAAGUUAGACAAAUUUAGACUGGGAAUGGCUCAAACAUUUUUAGCAGCAACAGGGACUAUCCAUCAUUGGAACAAUUUACCAAGGCUGCCAGUGAUUCCCUGUCACUGGCAGUUUUUAAAUCAAGAUGGGGUAUUUUUCUGAGAGAGAUGCUGUCUUUCAUACAGGAAGUAUUUCUGGGAAGCUCUAUGGUCUGUGUUAUACAGGAAGCCAGACUAGAUGAUUCCAGUGGUCCCGUCUGACCUUGGAAUCUGUGGCUAUUUUCAGAGACCUUUUCAAAGAAAAAGGACAAACUAUUUUUAAAUAAAAGAUGAGAUUAGCUAUGAUGUUUCUAAUCCAUGGGGGGGGGGAGAAGAAGGGGCUAAAGGCUGGCUCUACUUUGUCUCCCUCCUGCAGUUCUUGACUGGAUAGGUGGAAGUGAAUUAUUUUGUAUUAAUUCUGAUCAUUUUUGCAAGUCUCUUGAUCCUUGAAAAGAAUUAGCGAGGUGUCCCACAUGGGGGAAGUGAAACUGGGGAUUAGGAGAAUGUUUGGGAUUCACUGAGCGAAGACAGCAGCACCAAGCUCCAGUGUGAGAAAACAAAGUCCAGUGAUAUUGUUGCAGGAGGCUUGGUGGCAAAGUCGAUAACUCAACUAGUUUUUCAUCUCUGGAGCCCUGGGUUCAAAUCCCACUUAAAUGAAAUGAACUUUCCCCCACUGCAUCGUUGUGAAUUUCGAAUCAAGAGGAGCCCAGGAUUAGCAAUACAGGGCUGCCCUGCAAUUCAGAGCUGUGUUGCAUCUAUAGAAGUGUAUGGAGACUCAGCACUGGAAUCACAGGGUGCUGCAUCAAGGCUGAGUUGUAUAGGAAGGUAAUACUAUGUCUGUCUCGAGCCAGUGCUGUUAGCCUUUUGCUUCCAUUAGCCCCAAAUUCAAAUAAAUCUAGUUCUGUGAUUAAACCUUUAUGGGGCACAACAGUUCUCCCUCUCUUUCCUAUUUCUUCCAAAAGCUGACCAAACACAAUGGGUAUCCGGACUCUUAAUUAACUCUUUAUAAUGACUGUAAAUUUCAUUACUGUACAUGUGUUUGUCACAUGCCUUGAAUCAAAAUAUUUUAAGGAGAGAAAUGAAAGAAGAAAUUUUUUUCCCAUGUGUGAAUUUGCCAAGAACUGAAUUAAUUAUUUUUGUACAGUUGGUCUUAAUUGUAAAGAUAAUAGAAAUAAAGAAUUAAAAUGUUA